AUGCCACCCUCUAUAGAAAGUGCCGAGAAGCACCUAGAGUCAACCCCGUGUCAUCCCCAGACCCCGGCCCUCGGCAAUCUCCCGGAGGAUCCCCACACGCCCACCACGACGCCCACCCAGGGCAGAUGGGCUCGUCUGAUUCAUGCUCUUGCAUGGACUCCGCCAUGGUGUCGCUGGGAUGAACAGAGUCCGCCUAAAUUUGGACUCCCCUUGAACUUUCUCUUUGCUUUUGCUGGCACAUUCACGGUCGCCAAUCUAUACUAUUCACAUCCGAUUCUGGAUGAACUGGCUCAAUUCUUCGACGUUUCACAAGAAAGAGCCUCCCUCAUCCCCACCUGUAGCCAGGCCGGAUAUGCCAUAGGUAUCAUUUUCCUGUGCCCGCUGGGUGACAUAGUGCGGAGAAGACAUUUCAUGGUCUGGUUGACCUUCAUUACGACUACCUUGUGGAUUGGCCUGUGCAUCACCAGUUCCUUCAAUGUGUUUCUCUGCCUGAACUUUUUGACCUCGGUCACCACCGUCACUCCGCAAAUCAUGCUUCCACUCGUCGGAGACCUCGUCCCUCCUGCGCGACGCGCAACUGCCCUUUCAAUUGUAUCGUCCGGCCUCGUCCUUGGCCUUCUCUUCGCAAGACUCUUAUCCGGAAUCAUCGCCGCCUACUCUUCAUGGCGGAAUAUAUACUGGCUAGCACUUGGUCUUCAAUACCUUAUCGUUCUACUAAUUUGGACGUUCAUGCCGGACUACCCCCCUGUCAACACGAACGUCUCAUACCUCAAGAUCCUGGUGACUAUCGCAACCUACUUCGUGUCAUCCCCAGUUCUAAUCCAAGCCACUCUCAUGGGGUUCUUCCUCUCCGCCACUUUCACCAGCUUCUGGACAACGUUGACCUUCCUGUUGUCCGGAACUCCGUACUACUUCUCGACCGUCCAAAUCAGUUUAUUUUCCCUGGCGGGCCUAACCCCGAUGAUCCUGGGCCCUUUUUACUCGCGAUUUGUCAUCGAUAAAUAUGCACAGCAUUUUUCCAUUCUCAUCACCCUCACGAUGAUGGUCACUGGCAUCUGCAUUGGUGCAUACACCGGUACAUUCUUCGUCGCAGGCCCGGUCCUUCAAGCCGCCUUUCAGGAUUUCGGCUUGCAGAUGACGCAGAUUGCCAAUCGCACGGCAAUCUUCCGCGUGGCGCCCAAGGCGCGUAGUCGGGUUAAUACCGCAUACAUGAUCGGCGCCUUUUGUGGCCAAUUGAUGGGCACGGCGGUGGGGAACCGCGUUUAUAGUGAAAGGGGUUGGAUUUUGACAGGAUCGGUUAAUAUCGUCUUUGUUGGUGUCGCGUAUCUGAUUUUGUUAGCUCGUGGCCCCAUGGAGACGGGGUGGGUGGGAUGGACUGGAGGAUUUCCGGUUCGGAGGGUGGAAUCGUAG